AACUCAUCUAUGGUUAGCGCAUGCGCUGCGCGUCGAAGGUGACAUAUGUGAAGACGGGAUUAACAUGACUCAUGAUGUUAUGGCGUGGCCUGUGUAAAGAAGGACUCCAACUAUGUCUGCAACAGGCUCAUCGCUGUGCUGGAACAUAUUUACGGCCAAGUUUGAAGGACCAUUACCAAGUCCUAGGUGUUGGGAAAAAGGCCACAGGAGAGGAAAUUAAGAAUGCCUUUUUCACCUUGUCAAAGAAGCUUUCUCCCUUCUUAUCUCAGUGCCAUCCCGACAGUGACCCCUCAAACCCUCUUCUGCACUCCCAGUUUGUGCGUCUGAAUGAUGCUUACAGAGUAUUAAGCAAGCAUUCUUCCCGCGCAGAAUAUGACCAGGUAUUGGAAGCAAUACAGAGAGAAAAGUGGAGUUCAGCAGGCCGCAGCCCUUAUACAUCUUAUAGCAAAAGCUACAAGUGGAACCAUUCUUAUCAGACAGAGCAGGGACCAUAUACCAGGUCUACAUCGGAAGAUCAUGAACGCUACUGGUCAGAAUUUCCUCCAAAAAGUGACUGGGAAGAGUCUGCAAAACAGCGUGCGCAGAGAAAUACUAUAAUAGUUAUAUAUUGCUUCUUAGUCGCAGGACUAAGUAUAUUUGUACAUUGGGAGCUUUUUAGCACAUUUAGAGAGAUUCGCCGUAAGGAAAUGGACGAAGAACAGAUGAGGAUUUUGAAAUUUUACAAUGAAAGGAAAGAGGCUGCCAGAUUGAAUGGAUUGAGCAUGCAGCAGGAUAUUCUAGUGCAAAGACAUGAAGAAAGACUCAGGCAAUUAUAUGGUCAAAAACUUCAAGAUCAGACCAAAAAAUAAGAGAAAAAUGCUGCUCAGAGUUGGUGAACAAAAUGAAAUCUUUUUCUCAUAACGUAUCUAACCUUUUUUGUGACAAAUAUAUAUUAUGAUUAAAACACUAUAAACAUCCAGAACAAUA